AAAAAUAUAUCUCCUGAAGCCCGGAAAUGUACCCACAAUGGAGGAGUGGUUAAGAUUUGUUAAGCAACGUUUAUCAAAAGAUCAUGCUGUGAGUAUAUACAUCGAAUUAUAUUGUCCUUUUUACCUCUUUCUUUUUCUUAAUUUUUUUUUUUCAUGAUAUAUUUGAAUUAACUAAACUUUUGCAUUUACAGAAGGUUAGAAAGCAGAUGCAAGAAUUUUAGGCUAAAAAUACAACCCCACACACAAUGAGCCGAAAAGGCUAUGCUGGAACGGAGAGAGAAUUGAAAGAAAAUUCGAACACGCCCAACAUCAUUUCAAGAGUAGACGUGUUGAUUAAAUGGCAUACAAGGAAGGAUGGAACUUAUUUAAAUGAAACGGUCAAGGAGAAAGUGGAAAGAAUGCGAGAAUUUACCGAGACUACUGAGAGUUCAGAAAUUACAAAUGGUGCACUCAUAGCUGUACUUGGUGAUUCACAUCGAGGAAGAGUGAGAAGGUAUGGAUUUGGAGUAACAAUGACAAAACUAAAAUUCCAGAAUGGUGCUUCCAGAAAAUAUGAGAAGACGAUUGAUGAAAUGCAACAAAAAUUACAAAGGCAAGAACAAAGGCAAGAGGAAAUGCUAAAACAAAUUCAAAUGCUUCAAUCCAUGUUUGUAAGUAAUUUCUAUAAAUUUGAUGCAAUCUCUCUCAUUAAAAAUGAUAAUGUUUAAUCAGGAAAUCGUUUUUUUUUUUUUUUUUUUUUUUUUUUUUUUUUUUUCGUUUCAAUAUUGUGGUAGGCACAAAAUGCUAACAACCAAUCUUUUCCCAAUGCUCCACCUCAAGUCUCACCUACAACAAAUAUGGCCGGGUAGAGGUGUGAGUUAUUGCAUUAUAAUGGAAGAAGAUCAAUUGUUGCUGAGGGUGAAGUUUUUGAAAAAAAUCCUGAUGAAUUCCUAGGUCAUGCUACUCUUGGUUCUGAUUGUUGGCAAGUGUGGAUCAAUGAAGUCUUUGAUAACGAUUUAUCCUUGUAUAGGGCUCAGCCUCCGUAUGAGGAUUUGAAAGAUGUCAUUGGAUAUAAAACUGCAUGGCCUAUCAAGUUUAUCAAAUUUUGUAAGUUUCAUAGCAACAUGUUAGCUAUUAUAAAGGAAAUAUUUGCCAUGCUUUGCUUUUUUCUCAAAUUUUUUUCAUUUAUGUCUUGUUUUUUUUUUUUUUUUUUUUUUUUUGCUAAUAUGUGCAGGAAAC